CAAUGUCUCAGCUUCUCCUCCAACGACUCUCCAAAUUCUCUCCCCGUAACAGUUCACUCAUUUAUGAGAAGGCUAGGAGGGUGUUGUCAUCGUCAGCAGCCACCAACCCGUAUGUAUCACUGGAGAUAAGUGCUGAUUUGAAUGAGGGUGGAGGAACAAUCAUUGGAAGUGUCCUCCUGUUCGACGCAGCUAAGCAAGAUGUGCUCACGGUGGAGAAAACAAUACCAGAAGAGAUGAUCGUUGAGGGGAAAGGAGUCGGAGCUUCCCACGGAUGGUUAUUUAUGGAAGACCAACGCGAUCGUUCCCUAAGUGUCACUGACGUUUUAAACCCUUUAGCUUCCAAGAGAGAAACGACAGUGAUUCCUCUGCCUCCGCUUGCUUCUUUGCAACUUUGCCAAUCUAAGGUUGGCUGGAAUGUGGCAAUGUCCUCUUCUCCUCCUGAUGAAGACGAUGAGGAUGAUUGGGUGGUUGCUAUCAAGUUCUUAGGUGGACAGCUUAGUCUCUGUAGGCCCCGUCGUGACCUCCGUUGGACUAAUAUCCAAACCCCUUUAUUAGGCUACUUAGAUAACUCAAAUCUCAUGUAUUCCAAGAGAGACCAAUGCUUCUACUUGCCUUCUCCUGGAGGUCACCACUUGUUCUCCUAUGAUAUAAAAGACAAGGAUCAUCCCAAUCCCAAGUUCCAUGUGUUGCAGUUUCGUGAUCUGCCCGAGUUGCCUCAAUCCGAAUGGGAGAUUUUGGUGAGUUCGUGUUACAGGACAGAAUAUCUGGUGGAGUCAGCCUCCACUGGUGAACAUUUCCUCGUCAAACGGUAUAUCCAGACGUAUCUCAAGAACGGGCAGGACUACAAAACGAAGCAGUUCAUGGUAUUUAGAGAGGAGGAGACGUUGGAAGGAGGAAGAUACAUGUGUUACACUGACAACAUUGGCGAUGUGUGCAUCUUUCUUUCAAGUAGUGAGGCUUUCUGCGUCCAAGCGAGCUCUUUCCCUGGUCUCAAGCCUAACUCCAUCUACUAUAUAGGCCAAGGAUUUGGUAUUUACAAUAUUACCAACGGAAACUCCACUCCUUUUCAAGGGGAUGAUUAUCAUAAAUCUCUUGCUGUUGCUGGAACCUGA